UUCAGAUGUUUUUGUACUAAUUUUUUUUAUAUCCAUACUCGCUUCACAUUCAAUCCUAUAUUACGUACAAUUCAGUUACGUGUAUGAUGUUGUGUUCAUUUCUCAUGAAGAAAACAGUCAUCGAAACUUUCUCAUUUUACUUUUCAAUUUCCAUCAUCACAUAUGUGUUACCUUUAUAUGUUUAACAUAUUAUAUAUUUUUUUUAAUAUUUAAUGAGCAUUUAUUGUAUGAAUUAAUGAUUUGUUUUUCAUUAUGGAGAUGGGAUUGAAGCUCACUAUUUUACUUCAUUACGAGUCUCAAGUGAUAUUUGAACAACAACAAGAUCCCAAGCCCUCUUCACACAAUCAUUAAUUAUUAAUUAAUUAAUAUAUAAAAGCUUUGGUUGCAAUCACUGUUUAUUAGUGGCUCCCACUCUCUCCUCUGCGACUGGGCUUCCUCCACUCGUUUUCCUUUCAUUCGCCCACAUUGUCCACUUCUUCUCUCACACAAUAACCCCCCAAUCCCUAUUACCCCACUCGCUGCCACUGAACUUUGGAUCUAGCCUUUGUCCGUUGGAUACUUCUCUGUACCUCUGCAAAAUGACCACUCACUUUUGCUUCUUAUCCUUUCCAUACGCAAUAUGCUCCUUCACUGUACUUUGUCUUCUCUUUCUUUCACGAUGCAACGGGAGGAGAGGCUUCCUCCCACUCAGAAAAUCCACUCACAACGCCGAAACCGUUGGCGCAGAGGAAGAAGACGAGAAUUAUUGGAGUAGAGGAAGAUGUUGAGGAGGAGACCCUGGAACUGGUGGGGUUCUUCACGAGGGACCUUUGAAAUCAGCGGAAGCUGGCAACGCCGAAACCAACACCGCACUAAUCCGUCGCUGCCGGAACUCCUCGCCACCCUCGUGGCCUCGCUACUUCCUUCUCUCCUUUUAUUCCUGAACACUUAGUAUUCUUCCGAGAGUGGUCGGAAUCGUCCUGCGAUUUGUUGACUUGUGCAAAGGAGAUCUAUGAUCUGCUAUGCAAAGGCAACGACACAAAGAUGCAGGGUUCCCCUGAGACCUAGCAGGGGAAGGGGUUAUCGAGGUUAUUAAUAUAUAAAAGCCUUGGUUGCAAUCACUGUUCAUUAGUGGCUCCCACUCUCUCCUCUGCGACUGGGCUUCCUCCACUCGUUUUCCUUUCAUUCGCCCACAUUUUCCACUUCUUCUCUCACACAAUAACCCCCAAUCCCUAUUACCCCACUCGCUGCCACUGAACUUUGGAUCUAGCCUUUGUCCGUCGAAUACUUCUCUGUACCUCUGCAAAAUGACCACUCACUUUUGCUUCUUAUCCUUUCCAUAUGCAAUAUGCUCCUUCACUGUACUUUGUCUUCUCUUUCUUUCACGAUGCAACGGGAGGAGAGGCUUCCUCCCACUCAGAAAAUCCACUCACAACGCCGAAACCGUUGGCGCAGAGGAAGACGACGAGAAUUGUUGGAGUAGAGGAAGAUGUUGAGGAGGAGACCAUGGAACUGGUGGAGUUCUUCACGAGGGACCUUUGAACCCAGCGGAAGCUGGCAACGCCGAAACCAACACAGCACUUAUCCGUCGCUGCCGGAACUCCUCGCCACCCUCGUGGCCUCGCUACUUCCUUCUCUCCUUUUAUUCCUGAACACUUAGUAUUCUUCCGAGAGUGGUCGGAAUCGGCCUGCGAUUUGUUGACUUGUGCAAAGGAGAUCUAUGAUCUGCUAUUCAAAGGCAACGACACAAAGAUGCAGGGUUCCCCUGAGACCUAGCAGGGGAAGGGGUUAUCGAGGUUAGAGUGUUAAGUGUAUGUAUGUUUGGUUGCGAUUAUACUGAGCUAUAGGAGUUUAGACGUAAUGUAGGGCCCAUUGAUUAUAAGCCCAUAGCUCAUGCACACGUCUUGGCCCAUGCACGUAAUUGGCAGAUGAUGAUCUUAACCUAGCUCGUGUAGGUUAAAUAUGUGAGGGAGGCAGAGGUCGGCUGUACAUUGUGUUCGAAAACUCAUCUCAGUAAAAUCAGUAGCCUGAAGAGCUUUCAACGCUCUUCCGUGGAUUAGUCCUGGAUAUCCAGGGAUACCACGUAAAACUCUGUAUCUGUGUUUGUUCAUCUAUUUUGUACUGUUCGUGAUCUGUUUCUGUUUAGUUAACAUGGUAUCAGAGCUCACCGCGGCUGAAUCGGAGAGGCCGACUGUACGCCUCACUUCUACGAAUUAUUCUCUGUGGGAAUUCCAGUUCCGGGUGUUCGUUGAAGGUCAAGGACUGCUGGGUAUUUUGGAUGGGACAAUUCCACAACCGGUGGCAGCAACCGCCGCUCAAGAACGAGCUGCCUGGUCCCAGAAUGAUGCGCGGAUCAGGUCCUGGCUUUUAGGGUCGGUGGAUCCUUCUACAUGCCUCAGCCUAAGAUUAUUUCCCACCGCAAAUAGGAUGUGGCGACACCUUGCUGGGCUGUAUUCUUCUGUCAAUGCAGUGCGACAAUUCGAGGUUCAAACGGCGCUCUCUCGGCUGGAACAAGGAGAUUGCUCGGUCACCGAUUACUUCAAUGCUGCACAAGAGUUAUGGAUCGAGCAAGACAUGAUUCAAAUGGCGCUACGUCCUCAGUCAUUGACAAAAGAUUCCCUCGCUGAAAGGCAACAAGCUCGGAUUAUGCAAUUCCUUAUGAGACUAAGGCCCGAGUUUGAGAAUGUGAGAUCAUCCAUUCUGAAUCGUGAGGAGCUGCAGUUUGAUGGUGUAUUGAGCAGCUUGGUCCGUGAAGAGACAAGGCUGAGAACGCAAGCUCAGUUUGACUUGCGCCCUGGAGAAGGCAAAACAAUUGUCGCCGCGUCUGCUGGUUCUUCUCGCAAAUGGAGAUAAAAUGGACGUAAAAGGUGUUGGUCAAGUCCAUACUUCUAGUAUUUCUUUGCCUAAUACUUUGCAUGUUCCUGCAUUAGUGGCGAACUUAGUUUCUGUUGGUCAUAUUACUGAGCAGGGUUGUUCUGUUGUGUUUGCUCCUACUGGCUGUGUUAUACAGGACUUGAGGACGGGGAGACAGAUCGGAAGGGGGAGUAAACAGGGGAGGAUAUUUCAUUUAGAGGAGCUGCAAGACAAUAUUCCUUUUCAUACCUUGAGCUCUCAUCAGUGUGUGUCUAGGUCUGUCAAUAGUCCUCCUCUGUCUGUUAAACCUCAGUCAUUUGUUGGUUCAGCUUUUUCGAGUUUAGCAAAUAAAGUUUGGGAACUAUGGCAUGCCCGUCUGGGGCAUCCCCAUUCUAAUCGUCUUUCGGUUAUGUUUAAACAAUCUCUCCUUGGCAAGAACCAUGUUGGCAUUUCAGCAAAUCAUUCUUGUACUAGUUGUGUUGAAGCAAAAACAUCUAGUACAUCAUUUCCUUCUAGUACUACUGUUAUAACCGAGCCUUUCCACAUUAUUCACACAGAUCUGUGGGGACCUUCCCCAACUAUUUCUCAGCUUGGUUAUAAAUAUUUUGCUCUCUUCAUUGAUCAUGCCACUCGAUACACCUGGAUAUACUUUCUUCGUCUGAAAUCCGAACUCCGUUCUGUGGCCAUUGAUUUUCUUAACAUGAUUCAAACCCAAUUUGGAAAAACUGUCAAAAUCAUUCGAUCUGAUCCAGGAGGUGAAUUCAAUUAUAUUCCCUUGCAUGAGGUCUAUCGUUCUUGAGGCAUAUUAAGUCAGAUGUCUUGUCCCGGUGUCUCCCAACAAAACGGUAUAGUUGAA